CUUGGUCUUCUCCUCCCCACAAUUUGCCGACCCCACGGGAUAUGCACGACCUUGACAUUCACGUGGAAGAAGCUUGCGAAGACAGAGACAGAGUGACUGCAUCGAUACAGUCGAUGGGCAGGUCAGGUACAGGCACAGGCACAGGCAUGAAAAAGGAAUGGAAUGGUCAGAAUGGUGAGUGAUUCGCGUUUCAAGGUGAUCAAGAUCAUUGGGCUUUCGACUCCAACUUUUGUGUGUGUACUCCGUACCGUACCGAGCACACACUGACACAGGCUCUCCAUGCUUUUGACGUUUGACGCGAUAGCCGAGUAUCUGCAAAAGCCUUGGUUGUCAAGGUUGUUUACCCGAAAAUCCCCACGUCCAUGGCGACGGCUACCUUUUUUCGACGAGGCUCGCAUCUUGUGAAGCUCCACUCCGAGGGUCGACGGCCUGAUUCUCUCAUCAUAAUGAUUUGGUUGUUCCUCAUCAUUAUCGACGUUAAAGCGUAACUUGGUGACUCGUUGUUUUCAAAAAUGGCCACUAGAAUUGAGACGGAUGCCUUCGGCGACAUUGAGGUACCUGCAGAUAAAUACUGGGGAGCGCAAACACAGCGCUCGCUGCAGAACUUUGUCAUUAAUCAGCCUCGAGACCGCAUGCCGGACUCGGUCAUCAGAGCGUACGGUAUCUUGAAGGGUGCAGCCGCCGCCGUCAACGUCCGCCAUGGUGCUCUUGGUGCCAGCAUCGGGGAAGCGAUUCAGAAGGCGGCGGCAGAAGUCGCUUCCUUGUCCUUGAUAGACCACUUCCCACUCGUUGUUUGGCAGACCGGCUCAGGCACUCAGACAAACAUGAACAGCAAUGAAGUCAUAUCCAAUCGCGCCAACGAGCUUCUGGGCGCCGCGAAGCUGGGUUCCAAAAGCCCCGUCCAUCCGAACGACCAUGUCAACCUGUCGGGGUCCUCGAACGAUGGAUUCGCCACGGCUAUGCAUAUCGCAGCGGUAUUGGAUCUCAAUGAACGACUGCUACCGGCCAUGGAAGCACUCCAUAAGACACUGCAGUCGAAGGCGGCACAGUUCGGCGACAUUAUCAAGAUCGGAAGAACCCACCUUCAAGACGCGGUGCCACUUUCUCUGGGCCAGGAGUUCUUGGGAUUCGCGACUCAAAUCGAAUACAACAUCAAUCGUGUCAAGAGUACAAUGGGCGAGGUCCUCAAGCUAGCAAUGGGCGGCACAGCUGUCGGUACUGGGUUGAAUGUAUAUGAAGGUUUUGCAGAAGACUUUGCCGCCGAGGUAGCCAACAUGACAGGGUACCCCUUCGUUACUGCGCCGAACAAGAUGGAGGCCAUUUCGGCCAACGACGCGGUCGUGAGUGUCUCUGGCGCUCUGAAUACGCUCGCAUGCUCCCUCUUCAAGAUUGCUCAGGACAUUCGGUUCGAAGGCAGCGGACCUCGCUGUGGCCUAGGGGAGUUGAUUCUUCCCGAAAACGAGCCGGGAUCCUCGUUCAUGCCGGGCAAGGUCAAUCCGACUCAAUGCGAAUCGAUGACUAUGAUUUGUACCCAAGUGAUUGCCAACCAUACGGGUAUCACCAUCGGUGGGAUGAGUGGCCAAUUCCAGCUGAACGCCUUCAAGCCGCUCCUGAUCAACAGCCUGGUGCACUCGAUCCGAUUGCUCAGUGAUGGGAUGAACAGUUUCCGCAAAAAUCUCCUCGAGACUUUGGAAGCCGACAGAAAGCGUAUUUCGGCUCUACUCGGUCAAAGUUUGAUGCUUGUGACUUGCCUCCAGCCCGUCAUAGGAUAUGAUCAAGCUUCUAAAGUGGCGAAAUUGGCGCACAAGGAGGGCAUCACGUUGAAAGAGGCUGCGAUGAAACUUCAAGCUCUGAGCGAAGAGGAGUACGACCGAUGCGUACGACCAGAGAGGAUGAUAGCGCCACAUUCACGUUCUUCUUGAGCGGCUGCUUUGCCGUGUCUCUUCAGGGUUGGGUGGUACUGAAGAUGAGUACAAGGCUAGUGCUGAUACAGUCCUGGAAUGGCUUUAUAUCCUCAGAGCAUGACCUCCUUUGCGACAUCAGUUUUGGCCUCAAAUAUAC